ACUUGUGGUCCCUUGUGGGCACAGCAGUGUGGAAGCCAAUACUAUGCUACAGGAGUCUGUUCUGAAGUCAGCCCAAGUUUCCAGAUCCUAAGAAGCUUUUCUCCUGCUGUUCAAAAAUGUUCCUCUGUUAUAGAUGUUGUGGUGGUUUGUGAUGAGUCAAACAGCAUUUAUCCCUGGGAUGCAGUGCGGGCAUUUUUGAAAAAAUUUGUACAAGGCUUAGACAUAGGCCUUAACAAAACCCAGGUGGGGUUAAUUCAGUAUGCUAAUAAUCCCCGUGUAGUCUUCAACCUGAACACUUACCAAACAAAGGAUGAGGUUGUUAAAGCAAUGGAGGGAACAUAUCAGAAGGGAGGAGAUCUCACUAAUACUUUCAAAGCCAUUGACAAUGCAAGACAAUAUGCCUUCUCACCUGAAUCAGGAGGACGUCCCACAGCCACAAAAGUAAUGGUUGUUGUGACAGAUGGUGAAUCACAUGAUGGCUCCAACUUGAAAACAGUGAUAGGUAAAUGCAAUGAAGACAAUAUAACCAGAUUUGGCAUUGCUGUUUUGGGAUACUUAAUCAGACAUGAACUUGAUACUAAAAACUUAAUCAAAGAAAUCAAAGGAAUUGCUAGUCAUCCUACAGAGAAGUAUUUCUUCAAUGUGUCAUCUGAGGCUGCGCUACUGGAAGAAGCAGGAACACUUGGAGAGCGCAUUUUUAGCAUAGAAGGUACAGAUCAAGGCGACACUUUCCAAAUGGAAAUGUCACAGGUGGGCUUCAGUGCACAUUAUUCACAAAAAAAGGACGUUCUGCUGCUGGGUGCUGUUGGGGCCUAUGACUGGAGUGGAACAGUAGUUCAGGAGUCUUCAGACAAAGUCACCACCUUUCCAAGCCAUGUGUUUGAGAAGAUUCUACAGGACAGAAAUCAUAGCUCUUACCUAGGUUAUUCUAUUGCUGUUCUCUCAACUAUGAGCUCUGUCUAUUUUGUUGCUGGUGCACCAAGAUCCAACUACACUGGCAGAGUGGUGGUUUAUGAUGUUAGCAGCGAUGGUAAUAUUGCAAUUGUGCAGUCACAAAGAGGCGAGCAGAUUGGCUCCUACUUUGGAAGUGUGGUGUGUUCAGUGGAUGUUGACAGGGAUUCUGUGACAGAUGUGCUGCUUGUGGGUGCACCAAUGUUUAUGAAUGACUUGAAGAAAGAAGAAGGGAGAGUAUACAUGUUCUCUGUCACAAAGAGAAUUUUGGAUCAGAGAGAACUCUUGGAAGGUCCACAGGGAUCAGAAAAUGCACGCUUUGGAUCAGCAAUUGCAACACUUGCAGACAUUGAUUUGGAUGGCUUUAAUGACGUUGUAAUAGGUGCACCACUGGAAAACCAAAACUCUGGAGCAAUUUACAUUUACAAUGGAUUUCAAAAGACUAUACGUACCAAGUAUUCUCAGAAAAUUUUAGGAUCGGAUUCUGCUUUUGGACAACAGCUCCAAUUCUUUGGAAGAUCAGUAGAUGGCCAUAGAGACUUAGAUGACGAUGGCAUUACUGACAUAUCAGUUGGUGCUGAUGGAAAUGUGGUUCUGCUAUGGUCAAGAAGCAUUGCAAAUGUGUCCAUAAUUGCCUCAUUUAAACCUGAGAAAAUCAGUCUGCUGAACAAGAAUACAGAAAUAACUGCCAAAAUAUGUUUUCAGGCUACAUUUAGACCUGAUAAGAGAAAUAGUCAAGUGGCUCUAAAGUACAAUGCAACAUUGGAUGCAGAUCUCCAGUCCUCCAGAGUGACUUCUAGAGGAUUGUUCAAAGAAAAUAAUGAAAGGUACAUGCAGAGGGACCUUGUGGUACGUCAUGAAGAGAAUUGUGUUCAUGAUGUCUUCAGUGUACAGGAACCUUCAGAUGCAGUAAAUUCUCUUAGUUUGCGCAUUGACAUUGGCCUUGCAGAUCCCAGCUCCAGCCCUGUCCUCGAUAUAUCUUCUCCUUCAUCUGUGGCCUAUAGUAUUCCUUUUAUUAAAGACUGUGGUGAAGAUGAACUUUGUAUCUCUGAUCUUGUUCUGAAUGUUCAGCAGAAGGCAGAUGACAGCAAACAACGAUUUGUUGUCAGCAGCAAAAGCAGAAGACUAACGUUCAAUGUGAAACUGAGAAAUAAAAAGGAAAAUGCAUAUAACACCAGAAUCCAGGCUACAUUUUCAGACAACUUGUUUUUUGCUUCAUUGUCUUUACCGAGUGAUGGGACUGAAGUCUCAUGUCAAACAGGAACAGCACAAAGUACAGUCAUUUGCCAAAUAAGCUAUCCAGUUUUCAGAACAGGACAACAGGUAUCCUUUGAUAUUAGUUUUGACUUUAACCUUAAAAAUCUUCAGAAUGUGGCAGUUAUAAGUUUUCGUGCAUUGAGUGAAAGUAAGGAACUGCAAGAACUGGACAACCAGGUCAGCUUAUCAAUUCCUUUGCGAUAUGAUGCAGAAAUUCACUUCACAAGGCUUGCCAACAUCAACUUUUAUGAAGUAUACUCGGGUCAUAACAUUCCUUCCACUGUGAAUAAUUUUGAAGAUAUUGGCCCCGCGUUCAACUUCUCAGUUAAGAUAACAACAGGAAGUAUUCCAGUAAAGAUGGCAUUUGUAAAAAUCUAUCUUCCAGAACUGACCAGCAAAGACAACCCAUUGAUGUACCUAACUGCAGUCACCACAGAUCAGGCCAGAGGUGUGACUUGUCAAGCUCAGAUAAAUCCACUUCAAAUAGGAAAGAGACCUUAUUCUGCAUCUUUCACAAAAGAGAACUUAAGAGCUUCCAAAGAACUGAACUGUAAGAAUGUGAAGUGCAGUACAAUCACAUGCAAACUGGAAGACAUCACGUUGAAGGGAGAGUACUUUGUGAAUGUGUCCACCCAAAUCUGGAAUGGAACCUUUGCUGCUUUAACUUUCCAGACAUUAGAACUCUCUGCAGAGGCAAAAAUCGAUACACAUAACCCUGAGUUAUUUAUAAUUGGAGAAAAUACCCUAACUAUCCCAGUUACAAUAAUGAAGCCAGACGAAAAAGCUGAGGUACCAGUAGGUGUUGUGAUUGGCAGUAUAUUGGCUGGACUCCUCUUGCUGUUAGUGUUGGUUGCUGUUUUGUGGAAGCUUGGCUUCUUCAAGAGACAGUAUGAGAAAAUGACACAGGAUAUAGAAGAUGUCGAUGAAAUCGCAGAACUCACAAAGGACAAAGACUGA